UUCAUGGCAAUACACCUGCAAUUUUAAGGAAGUUACUGCAACAAGCUAACAAAUUUCUAGAACCGCAGUCAUCAUAUGAUCGGAAACUACAAAAAAUAUGGGAAAAUUUUGUUAGUUUUUGCCAAAUACAUAGAAUAGGCUAUCUACCUGCUACAAAAAAUGCAAUAUUGGCUUACUUAGUAUGGGUGGUGGAAGCCCAAGAGGGCCCAAAACCAUCGUUGAUACUUUUAUCAGUUGCAUGGGCACAUGUACGAUGUGGGUUUGAAGACCCGACCAAACAGUAUGAU